AUGAGCCGCAGCCCGGAGAGAAUCUCGUCCUACCGCCGUCAUUUUGAGGACAUCAGCAGCUUUUCCCAUCAGGUCAGGGUGUCCAGCCCAUCCCCCACGAGGAGAGAGGCCCGUCAUGCCUCCGCCGGCUACUCCUGCAGAGCCGGGGCUGGCAGCAUGCGUGUGGAGUCAGUGGGAAGAAGGAACGUCUCGGCUGCACGCAGGUCUCGCAUGGUUGGAGCAGGUGUGAGUGCAGGGGCCAUGGUGUGUGUUGGGCCCAACGGAGAGGCUGCCAUGGACCUAGAUGUGGCUGCAGCUGAGAACCAGGAAUUCCUCACUACACGCAAAAGUGAGAGACAUGAAAUGAUCGUCCUCAAUGAUCGACUGGCUGUAUACAUUGACAAGGUUCGAUCACUGGAGCAGCAGAACCAGCUACUGGAGGCAGAGAUCGAGGCCUACCACAACCGCUUUGAGAGGCCAACAGGUCUGCGCCUCCUGUAUGAGGAACAGCUGAAGGAGCUGAGAAAGAUCGCUGAGCAGAUGAGAGUUCAGCGGGAUGUUUCCUUGGCGGGGAAGGAGUUCACAGCUGCUCACCUAGAGGCAAUCAAAAUCAAAUACGAGGAGGCAGUGGAGCUGAGGAAGAAAGCUGAGUUAGACAUUGAAACCUUCCGUCCAGAUGUGGACAAAGCCACCUCCUCACGCAUUGCCUUGGAGAAGAAGCUGGAGCAACUGGAAGUUGAAAUUGAAUUCCUGAAACGUGUUCAGCAACAGGAAAUUGAGGAGCUCAUGAGCCAGAUCUAUUCAGCUCAUGCUGCAGCUGAGAGUGCUUUCACACUCCCUGACCUGGCAGCUGCUUUGAAACAAAUCCAAACCCAGUAUGACGACAUUGCAGCCAAAAAUCUCCAGGAAAUGGAUUCAUGGUAUAAAAACAAGUUUGAAGAUCUAACAAAGAAGACAACAGGACAUGUGGAUAGGGUUCGAAGCUUUAGAUCAGAAGUGGCUGGUGCCAAAAAGGAUAUCCAAAACAAAGAACGUGACUUGGAUGACCUGAAGACCCGGAAUGAAGCUCUCGAGGCUCAGAUCAGAGAAUUUCAGGAAAAGUACAGGAAGGAACAGGAAGACCUGCAGGCUCGGAUUGAGUCCCUGCAUCUGGAGCUGAAAACCACCAAGGAGAAAAUUGCACUGCACCUGCGUGAUUACCAAGACCUCCUGAACAUGAAGAUGGCUCUGGAGAUUGAGAUAACAACUUACAGAAAAUUGAUUGAGGGAGAGGACCUGCGGCUGACUGGCAUGAUGCAAACGCUGUCCCUGACCACCUGUUCCACCAACGCUAUUGGUGCUGGGGUGAGCUUUGGUGGAGGGAGCAUGGGCGGAGCAGGUGGUGGUGCGAGUGCAGGAGGCAUGGGGAGUGCAGGAGGCAUGGGGAGUGCAGGAGGAAUGGGUGGGGGCAUGGGUGCAAGAGGCAUGGGUGCAGAUUCAGGCAGUUCUGCUGGAGGUAUGGGUGGAAGAAUGAGCACUGGAGGUAGGCCAGGUGGGGCAGACAUGAUUGGUGGUCAUAGAUUGGGAGCUGGGGGUACAGGUGGAGGUACAGAAGCUGGUGCUGCUGGUGUGGGUACUGGUGGUGGAAGUGGAGGAGUUGGUGCAGGAGGAAUGAGUAGUGUUGGCACUGGUGGGCUGGGUGCUGGAAGUGCUGGUGUUGGUGGUGGCUCUGGGGUUGCAGGGCAUGGUACUGGACCUGGAGGUGCAGGCUUGGGUGCUGGAGGAGCGGGAACUGGGGUCGGGGGAAACUUCAGUAACGGGGACAAGGGUGACAACAGCGUGGGUGGUGUUGGAAUUGGUCCAGGUAGCGGCUCUGCAGGUUCUGGUGGCAUGGGGUUCAGUGGAGGUGAAGGGAGGGGUGAUGGAACUGGUGGAGGAAUUGGAGGGGGCGAAGGCAACGACCACGGAAUGGGUUCCACAGGCAGGGGCAAUGGGAUCGGAGGCAGUGCAGGACCUGAGGGUGUGGGUGGGGAUGUUGCAUUGUCGGGCAUUGGUGGGAAGGGGAAGAGUGGUGGAGGGGGGGGUGAAACCAGCGGACCCGGGCUGGGAUUUGGAUCAGAGGCAUAUGACGGCAACAUUGAGGCCUAUGCAGAUCAGGCUGUGGAGCUGACGGAGAGAAGGACAGUGCUCAUUAGAACGGUGAAAAAAGAGGGUGACGUGAUGGAGAUGGACCGCCAGGAACAAACAUACACCAUCACCGGUGCAGCCGAUGAAUCUGACGAAGAGUGA